AGGAAGUUGUGACUGUCUCGCCUUACCUAUUACUUCCUUGUCGAACUUAAGCUUAAUUUUACAAUUACAGAUUUACCGGAUGUUAAUUUUGCUUCAGUAGUUCGACAGCGUGUUGUUAAAGUGUGUUAUCCGGAACGGAAAUGGCUGCUGCGGUGUUGCAGACGCGGAUCACCGCCAUAUUGGAUGUGCUAACGAAAGCAGCAGUGGCGGAGAUUAGCCAGCUUAUUCAGGAUGACAGCGCUGUGUAUCACCGCGAAAUGAAACGGAGGGAGGAUGAGAUUGAGGGACUGAAGAAACGGCUACAGGUCACCGAGAAAGAGCUGAAGAAAAUGCAGGCUACCGUGUUCGCCAGGUGUUCAGUCGGUGUUCAGGUCGAGAUGCUAGCUCCAGAUUUGCUGGCAUGCAGAAAAGAAUCACUAUCCGGGAACCAUGCGGAAACAUUCCGAGUGAGUUCAGAGCAAGAGCUCAAAGAAGAAAAACCACAGCUUCCUGGGAAAACAUUAGCAUUUUCGCAACGCAACGCAAAAGAGCCCAGAGCUCCACCAGGAGCGCUGAAGCAAAGAGAUCCGAGGUGUGAUGAAGACGAGUUCAGCAACCUGGAAUUUGAAAUGAAAAUUGAGCAGGUGGAAGAGCUUGUGGAUCAGGAGCUGAGCCUUCCAAGAGCAGAUUACAGCAUGGCAGAUCCAAACGUGAGCUCUGAGCACAAAACAGCCCCGAGAGACGCACACCUGUGGCCGUCCGUAGAAGACAAUGCAGCAAAUGAGUUCUCCGUUCCUGAUGGCUGUAUCGGGUUAGAGCAGUAUGAACAGAUGCAUACAGAUCAGUGUCUGGCCCAGGUGAUGAAGGAUCCUUUGAACUUGCACCCUGACAACACAUCCAAUAAACAUGUCAAUUUGUUUGGUACCACGCAUGUCGAGAUUGACACAGAAAUGCAUUUUGAGGGCAGCGUUGGAAAAGAUUCUGAAUAUGGACCGAUUAGAGACAAUCUGGGUCUCGUCAAAGCACCGAGGACAUUAAACAGUAACAAGCACAGACACUCGUUCAGUGCAGUGCCGCGCUCACAUGCGCAUUUAUCCGCUAGUACUUUCUCAAUGUCGGACAUGCUUCCUGCGCGGCAAAACUCACAGGCCAGCCAUGUCGGGUCGAAGCCCUUUCGUUGCGAGGAAUGCGGUAAAGGCUUUACCCAGAGAAUGAGACUGAUCACACACAAGCGAAUACACACGGGUGAGAAGCCAUACCACUGUCAACUCUGUGGCAAGAUGUUUUCAAGGCAGGAUAACUGCCUCAGGCAUGUACGCCUACACAGUGCACAAGGGUGGUAAAGAAACCUUUUACCAUCUUGAGUUUCUGUCAUGUAGACCACCACAGACUUGCCAUAGAUCUUGCUGAUGAAAUGGCGUCCUCCAGUGGCUGACUUGGUACAGUGUUUUGUUUGUUUUUUUUAAACCAUGCCCACAACUCAAUUUUAAUCUUUUCCCUAUAUUUGGAUUUUGAGCUGGAUCUUCAUGUAUUUUUAUUAUCUGUUUCAAAUGGAUAUUAUACUGUAUAUGUUUAAAAAACAACAGUAUAUAAAAAUAAAUCAUAUCUAAGACAA